AUGUCAGCCUCCCAUCCUGGUGAGCCUCCACCACCGCUCGAUACAAGACCCUUUAGCGUCACGAUCCAAACCUCAGCUCAGACCUUCGACCUCACAAUUCAGAACUCGACGACAGUCAAAGAACUCAAGCAAAUGAUCAUAGGCAGUGUAACAGAAUGUCAGAACUUGUAUGAUACAGAUGGGAGGAUGUAUCUGAUUCUCCACCCUUGGGAUGAGAUGGAAAGGAUGUUGGAUGUGGAUGAGUUCGUUAUGGGCACGGCGGGGGUGAAGGAAGGGGACACGAUUGCAGUUGUUACAAGGCCAAUUAUUAAGGGCGAGGGGAAGGAUUUUGAGAUUGAGUAUAAGUUGGUGUGA